AUGCUCGAAGCGUCCAACAGCUCCUUCUCGACAACGCUCCCAGCGUCUUGGUUCAGAGAAAAGGCUAUCUACGACCUCGAAAGACGAGCCAUCUUUUCAAAGAGAUGGAUCAUUGUGUCACACAAGGCCCGCUUCGAGAAGCCUGGACAAUAUGUACGCUACGACAUGGCAGGAUACCCAUUCUUUAUUGUCAACGACAGGAAAGGCAACAUCAAGGCAUUCUUGAAUGUCUGUCGCCAUAGGGCCUUCCCGAUCGUUCAUGAACAGCAGGGAACUGCCAGCAUUUUCUCAUGCAAGUAUCACGGUUGGUCAUACGGCCUCGGUGGAAAUCUGGCAAAGGCACCUCGCUUCGAGGCAUAUCCAGAGUUUGACAAGACCCAAUUCUCUCUCUAUGCGGUGCAUCUUCAUAUCGAUGAUAUGGGCUUCAUUUGGGUCAAUCUGGAUGGGGAAGAGCGGCCACAGAUUAGCUGGGAGGAGCAGUUCUUGGAAGUCGAUCAUCAGACACGGCUCGAGUGUAUCAAGAUGGAUGACUAUGUCUUUGCCGAGUCUUGGAGCCUCGACGCAUGCCACUUCAACUGGAAGACGUUGGUUGAAAAUUAUAAUGAGUGUUACCACUGCCAAGUCGCCCACCCCGGCAUCGCCCCCGCGAUUACGAAAGACAGCAAAUUCGAUGUCGAGACAGUUCGAAGCUAUGUUCGGCAUUUAGGAGAGGACAACUCUGUGGACGAUAUCGUUGCCAGCCCAACAUAUAUGUUUCCCAACGCUUCGCAUACUAUUACCCGGCACUUCUUCUACAUAAUGUCCAUUGUCCCGCUCUCAUCGACCACCUCCAGCAUGCGUUAUGAGAUCUAUCGCAACAAGAAUAGCUCACUGGAAACCUUCACCAAGGAGGUGGAAUUUUUCAAACAAGUGGAGCGGGAAGACAAAUGGCUCGGAAACGAGACUCAAAGAAACUUGAACACUGAUACCUAUGUCUCCGGGCCAUUACACCCAUACAUGGAGCAAGCAGUUGCGUACUUCGAGGGUUUGACUCGACAAGCGCUAAGAGAACAUAUGGACAAGGAGAAGGAAGCUGGAAGGGAGAUAUGGCCUGUUCGCCGUCCAUACAAGGGAGAGCAACUGGCUCUGGAUGAAGAUUUCUGCAAGGAGGUUUGUUCCUCAUCCACGCUGGCGAACGGAGGGAAGGAGUGGUUUUAG